UUUAAACGACACAAUGUUUAUAAUAUUAUUUGAUUGUUAUGGUUCUCAUGCAUCGUUGAACUCAAAAAGGCUGUCAAUGAUAGAAGUUAAUUAAGUGCAUACUGUAAUGUUAUACAAAAAUAUUUUCUGUACUGAAACGUUUUAAUGAAGAAAAUUCAUAAUUAUCAAACAUGUUAUCGUUUGAGUUAUCGUGAGGGAGUUAUAUUUUCGGAAAAAGCUGAAGGUCGUCUGACGUCAUUUUCUGUGUUUUCAAAAACAUACCUAUGCUUAGCGAGAUUCGGCAGUCCUAAGGAUAUAGGCUUAUAUAUCAGAUCUUGGUUUUUUUUCUACAAUAGAUUUUCUAGCAGAUUUCAGUGAUAAUGGCUGAAAACACUGAUCAAACUGGCACGGGAGAUAACCUUUCCUGCUUCAUUCAAGACACCGUCCUGUCAUUACAGGAAAAUGUUAGAUGUGAAAAAGCGGUUAAACUUCAAAAAGCAGUUGCAGCUUGCAUAAACUUUUUUCUCGUCGAAGUAACUAAAGAGGAACCUAUGUUCAAAUCUGCUGAGCUGAUUCAGGUAGGAAGUUUCGCGGAAGGAACGAAAAUACUAGAACCGGAUGAAUUCGAUUUUCUUGUUGUAAUAGAUGAAUUAUCCAAACCAGGGGCUGUCGCUAUAGAUAAUGAUCUUGAAAAUGUCCGAGGCCAUACACAUCUUCCACAUUCCGGAUAUGUCACCUUGGUUGUAGCAGACGACAAUUUAAAAACCAAAUGGGAGAGGUAUUGUGAAAAUGGUUUGUUGCAAUGUUUUCAAAACUCGAUUGAUCGUGCAAGAUUUGGAAGUAUCUUCAUCGAAGUUAUACGAAAACUCUACACGGAACGUGUACUCUUAAAGAAAGCAGAUGCAGUGGUGACUUGCUCCUCUACUGAAAUAGAUUUUUUAAAUUUUGGCAUGGGUAUGCCAGCGGUUAACGAUAUAGGUUUAAAUUUGAGGAGAGUAGAAUUCAAAACACCAAAUGUGCUGAUAGACUUUGAACUAGAUGGUAUGAAAAUAGGUGUUGAUCUAUCACCUGCAAUUAGAUAUCAUAGGAUCACAGAUUGUUUCAGACCGGAAGACUGUGCUGGUGUCGCCUUAUCAGAUGCAAUUUUAAACCGCGAAUCCCUGUUGUUAGUUGCGAACAGAAACUUUGACUUCCGGGUAACAGUUACGGAAGCGGAAGUUGGUUACAUUCAACAUAUAAUGAAACACGAACAUAAAGUGAUCUAUAUAUUUCUUAAAUAUGUAAAUUACUCAUUCACAACAAACACUUGGAAGUGGCAGCCUUAUUCUUCAUACAUGCUGAAAAACAUUUGCCUUAGGCACGACCUGAAUUGCCAACACGAAACGAGAACAAUCACGUUCUGCUUCAAGGACGUCUUAGAAGAUAUGAAUGCAUGUUGUUCUAAAUUAGAAAUAACAAGUGCAGUUAAGGAGGUAGGUUACCUUGUUACAAGGGUAAAUUCAAAUUAGUUGAACCGCAGCAUUUUUCAGUAUUUCGUGUAAUAUGAAGUUUUAACUGCUACAAUCUCAAUUUCGCUUGUCUCUGUCCCUUCAAGUUCAGUUUUUAUCCAGGUUUGAAGAACAUGACCCUCCAAAGGUAUUUGAUAUUGAAAGAAGAAGGAAAAUACGGAUAUUUAACGCUUUUCAGUGUAUUUUAGUUUCAUUGAUAUCCGUAGAAGUCUGCAUAAUUGAUAAUUUUACUAGUAUGCACGUUAGCCUUUUAAUAUAAGCUUAAAAUGUAUAUGUCGCGGGGCUCGUGUUUCCAUGGUAACGCAUUUUCUCUCAUUUUUAAACAACUAUGUAUAAAAAUAGGGGUUUUCGACGGCUUCAGUGCCAUUUUGUUAAUGACCAACAUGGAAUAUUUGGGUAAUAUUAUCAGUAAAAUAUCAAGCACUUUACAUGAUACCCUAUUUUUCUUAAAGUUUAAAGUAACCAUGGCAACAGAGAUGUUUAAAAUAGCUUAUAUCUUGCUUUUUGUCAUAAUUUCUUAUAAAAAUAUUGAAUAAGAUUAUCCUUCUAGUUAAUGUAGCUUUUAAAUAGAGGAUAAUUGUUGGUUUCGGUGUAAUAUCACGUUAUAAUUUCACCGAGUGGGCACCAAAAGUGAUAUUUUCACGAGUGGCGCAGCCACGAGUGAAAAUAACAACUUUUGGUGUUCACGAGUGAAAUUACCGUGAUAUUACAUCGAUACCAACAAUUUUUCUGUUUAUUUUAUGUCUAAAACUCUACUUUUGUUGUGUUUAUUUCAAUAAAAUGUCGAAAUUUGCGGGAAAUUUUAUCAGGAAGCAUCGCAAAGAUGACGUCAUUUUAACGACGUCAUCGUCAUAUUGUUUCCGGCUUUCAGUACGCUCGGUAAACUUUUUGACGUUAAUCCGGGUAUCAGAUUUGAUAAUUUUCACUGAGUGGCCAGUGAGUUUAUCAAGAUAUAAUUCACCGUUAUAUUUCGAUAAACCACCGAAAAACAUAAAAUAAAACAUAUUAUUUCUAACAUAAGUUAUAUUUUCGUGUUAUUUGCAUUUAUUCAAACAAAUUUCACAGCUUAGAAUACUUACAGCAGUACCUCUCGUCUGGCAUUUUUCGUGGAAAAAUCGUUCAGCAUGCUGCUAUUAUUCUCAUAGAUAUUGUUGAAAUGAAAAUAAAAAGCCGAAGAUGUGUUUCUUAAAUAGACCGGUGUCAACGCUUUUGAAUUUUACAUUUAGAUACACAGGUCACGGGCUUCGUUUCCAUGGUAAUAUCAAUUUAAUUCAAGAAACCACAAUUUUCUACUGAAAUUUGAACAAUUUUAGAUCUUAAUUUCAGUAUAUAAGUAACAAAUUAUCAACGGAACCUGAAAAAUAGGUAUUACAAAUCAAACUGCUAGAUUUUUUAUUUGAAAAUGGCCGUAACAAGUAAGCUUUCACCCAACUAUAUUCCAAAUAACAUUGGUUACCAUCGUCCAUUUUCUUACAUUCCGCAUAACAUUUCAAUAUAACUACAAAAAAGAACCAAAAUAUUGAUUAUUAUUCAGAGCAAUAGACUCGUAAAAAUAUUUCAGCUGAUAAUAGUUAUUUGAAAACAGUUAAAAUAAAGAAAAUACACAGAAUUACGUAAUUUCAAGAUAUAAGCUAUUGAUUUUGCGCGGUAACUGACACGUAACGUCAUGACGUCAAUGACGUCAUUUUAAUGCAACAUUGUUUUGAAGUGUUUCUGUGGCAAUUUAUUCAUUAUUUCUGCAUUAUUAAGCCAUAAAGCAUCAGAUUGAGGACAGGUCCAUGAUUUGUUUUCAAAAGAAUGAAUAUACAAACACUUUUAGUUUGUCGUAAACGCCGUUGUAAAUCGUCACGUUAGCUUCCGGCUGGACAUGCGCACAUACAAAUAUAAACGUAACCUACCUCCUUAACUCUAAAAUCGACUUGUGUGCAAGUUCAGCCUUAUCGUCUGAUAAAAUGACUUUUGGAUAUAGACAACAUGUUGUUGAGGCUUUGACAAAAAUAUCUCAACAGGCAGUGGAUAUUCAUACUCUUGAAGACUUCAAAGAACUGUUAAACAGCACUGUUAAAAAAUACCUGAGACGAUUUCAAGACUGGAUGGACGAAACACAUCUAUUCAUAUAUCGUCAGCUUAGAGCAAAAAGUGAAUGAGCCCUUCGACAUAUUCCAUUUUCCUUGGAGCCUAGAUCAUCCAAAGCCAGAGUCCCAGCAGAGCGAUGACCCAAUUACGAUGCCAGCAAACCGGAUCCCCUAAGAAACGCCACAUCAGCAACAGGACCAACACUGAAGAAGCAAACGUCGUGUCCUCUGUUAAAUGAGUUAUAAUUAAUGUCUGACAUUUUAAGCUGACAUGAACAAAAUGUUUGGGAUGCUUUUUAUUUUAGAGAGAUUUAUGUUAUGAUCGCCCCUGCCAGUAGAUGGCUAAUAAUUCUAAAAUCAAGAGACAUAUUUGUUAAUUAAUGCGCAAUUAAAAAUACAAAAUUGAUGUCGGUAAAAAGCAAGAGGCAACUGCACUGCAAAAAGUAUAGAGAUACCAGUGGAUUACACAGUUGUCUCACCUUUCGGAAACAGAAGUAUACAAUAAUAUACAGAGAUUAUGAAGCUAAAUGUAAGAAAACCACGAUUUCAGGAAAUAGAUAGUAACACAAACAAAAACCCAAAUCAUUAACCUAUUUUAAAAUUAAAUGCAUUAUAUUUAAGUCAAUAUACACAUAUACAUGAUGAUACCAUACCUAAUAAUGCAAAAUAAAAAUCACCAAUAACAAAUUUUCUUAUUUUACACGCGAAACUGAGUUUUGUAGAUUGUUACAAAAUGUUUUUAAAGUAAGAAAAGAAACACUGAAAUAAUAUCAAAUAGAAUGUAGAAAUUAAAUACAAAUAUAUUCAACCUAUUUUAAUACAUGCAUGUUUAAACAUGCGUUUUUGUUUAUUUGUGUAACAAUAAGUAAACAUAAAACUGAUAAAGAAUAUACUGAACACACACAUUCAUAAAAUUAGCGUCUGAUGGCCCUUUCAAGCUUCCGUGGAAUCAACAUUUAUUAUACGAAAUUCAUUUUGAAAAUAUUUCUAAAAAUGUCUAGGUCUGCAGCUCUCAAAUACGGUAAUAUCUUACAUCCGAGGGAUAUAAUGACACUUUCAGACAACAUCAAAAAGGACCUUUUGAACGAUUUGACGAAGUUCCAAAAAUCUCCAUAUUGCCUUGCUCCGUUACGGACCCCUGUGGGACUGGUGUUUAUUCAGAGUUCGUAGAUGAAAAGCUGACAUGUCAUGCUAAAGCCAAGGAAUUUU